GAUAGGCCUUAUAUAAAUCAGAUCAGUAAUGGAGCUUUCGCGUAAGAUCAAUUAUUCUAGGCAUCUCAGUUCUCGCAAGUACCGUUAGCCGUAUUUCUCUGGCAGAUUUAAGACUAGCUGCUUGCUCAUACUAAUCAACAUGUUCCCCUCGUUGAUUCUUGGUUUUCUCGUGGCCGGGAUUGCUGCAGUCACCGCAACCAGCAGCAGUAGCUGCAUUGGCACAAUCUCGUCCUUGAACGACGUUAGUAGUGCCAUCAAAUGCACGACAGUGAAUAUCAACGCGUUCACCGUCCCUGCUGGACAAACGUUCGAAUUGCAGCUGCUGGAUGGUACCACUGUCAACGUUUUGGGCGAGAUUCAGUUCGGAAACGUAAGCUGGGCCGGUCCCCUAUUCCAAGUCAGAGGAAAUGAUAUCACUUUUAAUGGAAACAACCAGAGGUGGGAUGGCGGAGGGCCUUUCUACUGGGAUGGUCGAGGUACGGGUGGCGGCAUGACAAAGCCACACCCAAUGAUGGCAAUAUCUAUCUCGGGCACCUUGAACGACGUUUAUGUUGUAAACUCUCCUGCCCACGCCUUUUCGAUCGGAAAUCCAGGACCUCUCACUGUCUCUGGCGUCACCGUCGAUGAUUCGCAGGGUAACUAUCCUAACUCGCGAAGCGGCAAAUCUUCUGCUGCUGAAAAGCACACAACACCGACGGCUUUUGACGUUGGCGGUAGUAAUUUAAUCAUUAAAAAUUGCACCGUCCUCAAUCAGGACGAUUGUUUGGCCAUCGGCAGGGGAACAAACAUCACUUUUACCGACAACUACUGUGAAGGCGGUCACGGUGUCUCCAUCGGCUCCAUCUCGUCAAAUGUCAUCGUCUCCGAUAUCGAGAUUUCCGGAAACAACGUUGUUAGCAGCGCAUACUCGUUCCGUAUCAAGACCGACACAUCUGCGACAAACAGUGCAGUAAAAAAUGUUACAUAUAUCGCCAAUACUGCAACCAACUGUACCUAUUAUGGCGUUCUGGUUACCCAGAGCUAUCCCUCCAACAUGGGCACCCCGGGUAACGGGGUCACUAUCUCUGAUAUCAACUUCAGCUCUGGCACUACCUCCUUGACGGCCAACAGCGGUGCUUACAGGGUUGCAGUGAACUGUGGAAGUGGAUCGUGCAUAGGUAACUGGGAUUGGUCCGGUUUGGAGGCGAGUGGUGGAAAAGCCGGAUCUAUCAUUAACAACAAUGUUAUUACUGGAUUUACACAGUACUAGUGAGGUGGCCUAGCGCUUAGCUUCCUUGCGGUCAAAAAACAUACAGCUGCAUGCAGUCAUCAUGUUAUACGCUCUUUUUGUUACACGUUCUUUUUUGUUACACAGUCGUUUAUGAUAUACACCAAGAUGCCCCCCCCCCUCGAGUCGAGGAAUCGAAAGUCAUGCCUACCAUUCUUGGAGGCAGUACGUAAGAGACUUGAAAACA